GGGGCUACAGCUAAACAAGUAGCUCCUUCGAGUAAAUCUCUGAAGGUUGAAGAAAGGAUUGCUGUUCCUGACUCUGAUGAUGCAGAUGAUGAUUCAUCUAAAUUACAAAGUAGGGACUCCAGUGGGCAACCAACACAGGAGCUUCUGUGCUUAGAGAAACCGGAUGUCACAAAAGAUGAUGAUGGCAAUUUGCUAGAAGACUCAGCAAAACUUAAUGGAAAUUCUGUUUUUUUUCCCUCACCAGUGACAGACAACUUCUCAUUUUUGGGGGGGCCCACAAUAAAACCUGGAUUAAGCCCAACAGAGAGCCUAAGAGAUGACAAGAAUAAGGAUUCACUUGAAAAACACAAAGCAUCAGACAUGAAAUCCAGUGACAGAAACAAUAACCAGGAAAAGUCUACUGACCGUAAAUCCAGACUGGAUCACGUCAAAAGACAACAGGGCAGACCUGCUAUCAAGCAAAUGGAUGGCGGAACAAGUGAUGUGAGCUCAUCUAUACCACAUACUGCAACCAGAGCUCUUAGCUGUGUGAAUGACGCCAGACAGCGCAGCUCCUCAGUGGAGGUUGAUCAUUGCAGAGACAAGGCAAGUCAAGAAGGCAGUGAGACCCAGGAUAUCUCAAUCUCAGAAUCUCCACAAAGGAAACUGAAACUUCAGCCAUGGGAUUCAGCAAGAAAGGCUUUUAUUCUGAGGAGCAAGAGUGCAGAUGGAGGACCAGAGCAAGCUAAGCACACACAUUCUCCUCUCCACCAAAAACUUAUAAAGGGUCACAGGUCCAAAGGACAGCCAAAUCCUGGUGGGCAUAGUGUUCCUAGUAAAAGAUCAAAUCUCAGUAAAACACAAGGAUCAAGCAAAGGUGCAUUAUCUAAAGUUGAGAACAAUGAAGAUAUAGUCGUAUCAACAAGUUCCAAGUCGCUUGAAAGUGUACAGCAGUUCUCUCCCCUUGCUUCGCCUGUGAAAUAUUCAAAGACAUUUAAGCCUCCAGGAAUCAAUGAAUGCUCUGAAAACCCAACAAAAUCUUCACUGCAAACCACAAGAACUCAAUCAAGCAACAACUGUGUGGAAGAGAACAUAUAUGAUAACUUACCCUGCUCCCCACGAAAACAACGACGCCAAGACCAGCACUGUGAUGUUUCCCUUUCAGAAUAUAGGUCCCCACCCCCUCCUUUACCCCCAGGUCGAACCACCUCUCUUCUUCUAAGACCCACUUGUGACUCUUUACCCGAAGCUAAUAAAUCUGUAGGUCAGUGCUCUACUACUGGGAAGACGACGUCAAGCAACACCAAGCCAAAAUCAUAUCAGCUUUGUUCUGCUUUACAGCCUCAACAAUCCAGUGCAACAAAAGACAAUCGACAAACAGCCCCACAAAUUGGUGCUGAAGGUAUCCCCGCUAAGCUCUACCAUACCCAUUCAUCCAAGACAACACCUGUCCCAGUUGAAGAAUCUCAAACUUCAGAGUCAAGACAGUUUUCAAUGGACAGAGCUGCCCCACGCUUUGAUGAAAAUAGUGCACCCUCAAUCAUGCCAAAUCAGAGCAUCUUACAAAGAUCCCAACAGAGUAGUAGUGAGCCAAAACUUUCAGAAGUCUUGCCUCACGUAUAUUCUAAUGUUUACUACCAUGGGAUUUCCAAUAAUUCUCACAGUUCCACUUCAAGAGGUGUUAAAAUGGCUCUCCCUGUAAAUGCUAAAUCGAAUGAGGCAAUCGCAGGACAGGAAACCAGUACCUUCCUCAUAUUUGGAAGACAGAACAAAGAUGAUAGAAACUCGAUUACAAAAAGUGUCCAGACAUUUCAGACUUUUAUGUGUGAUCCCCAGAUGAAACAUGACUGUGGUGCUCAUGACAGAACGCGCAGAAAGAUUGAAACCCGCUGUAACUCACUGGACUCGGAGCCCUGCGCUCAACCUGUUGCAUCAGACAGUGGUGUGAUGUUAGACUGGGGUUUUGAUGAAGAAGGUUGGCUCUUUAAACGGUCAGUGUCAGUGUCAACCAGACCUCUCCUUAAACCAGUAAUGGGCAUGAAUGGGGCCAAGGCCCGUAGCCAGAGUUUCGGUGCACGCUACAUGGAUAGGCCAAGCUUCAACAGAUCUGGAAAGGUCCGGACACAGAUCAAAACACACUCAGGGAGUUCUUUAAAUUCUCUUGGUGAUGUCCUUCCAGGAAGUAUGAGUUGCUCGAGCAGCUACCAUUGUCCAAUGAAUCGAUCCCUUUUAAACAACUUCUUGAUUGAAGAGGGUUUGACGGUUCCCUCAUAUUUGGGGUCCUCCAGUGAAAGACUCCAAAGCCUGAAACUCCAGCGAGAGCAGGCAAGGCGCAUUCAGAUUGAGCAACAGUUUUCAAGUGCUUUUGGUGAGCCAGUCUCUGAGGAACCAGAAAGACAAAGUUCAAUAACCACAAUCGAAGAGAAAGUGAUGCUCGGCAUAGAGGAGAACUUGCACAAGUGUCAAGAACAGGAGCGAACCAUAGAAGUGAAGCAAAAACCUGGUUCAACUCUGGCAAAUUGGUUUGGUUUUCGUAAAAGUAAGCUUCCUGCACCAAGCAGCAAAAAGACUGAUCCACCAAAAGUAAAAGAAGACAAGAGGGAGCAAAAGAUUACAUCACUUCUCGGAGGAAAGCAGGCAAAGUCUGACAAAAAGAGAGACAGAAGAAAAAGUGAUGGGAAAGACAGCUCUGUGGGUAGAAGAGAGUCUCACGAUGCAGUGAGAGCAUGCAUAUCAAUGCCCUGCCCAGGAAUGUCCCUGAAUGAGAUACAAGGACAUGCUGACAUCACUGGGGACCCAAAGAUACAGAUUAUGAGCGGGAGAGCUGAUAGUGAAAAUGGAUCUACUGUGACGACCCCCAACCAGGCUGCAGUAAUAGGCUCCGGCUGCAAGAUGCGAACGUUGGACAGUGGGAUUGGGACCAUCCCUCUUCCUGAAUCCUGUUCCUUCUUCUCCUCCAUCCUGCACCUCCUCCCCAAAUCCUCAUCAACCCCAGAACAGUCCCUCAGUCCUCCUAGUGCCCCCGGUUCCUCCAGCGAGGACGUGUCUCCCUCCCCAUUACCCCGGUGGAGAAUACCCUCCAGCUUUAAGGACAGCAGCCAUGCAGGGGUGCUAAACUCCCUGUCUGACUCGUCCAUGACCCGUAUCCAGUCAGUGCCUUUCCCCACUGUGGCCUUCCUGCAGCCCAUCCAACCCCAGUGUACACCUAUUGUGACCUCUGCCAGUGUGUGUGAUCCCCAGAGCAGGCUCCCCAGACCACCCCAAGGUGGAAUGGAACCAAAGAAGUUAACCUAUAUCAAAUCGAACACACGAGCCACCCAGAGCCAACAAGAGCAGACAAGACUUCAGCUUGCCAACUAGUUCCUGAGGCUGAAGGAGUCAAACUAGAAACGGGGAGUCGAAUUAUCACUUGGAUUUAUCACUUUAACUCACAUCGAGGAUCCUUAAAUCCCACAGUGUGGACACUGUGUCUGUGUGUGAGGAUGAAACGCUCACAACUUGGCACUGCAGGCUUCCACAUGUGCUUGGUGUUGAGUUGAGAUCCUCAGCAGCUUUUGAUGUGUAAUAAAGAAAACUUUGGCAGCCAUUUUGGAGAAUUGCAGCUCAUCGGCUUCAGCCAGGAGCAGCUGAUUCAGCUUCUAAACGUUCAACUCUACUGAAUCACUAGUUACAUUGACAUGGUUCAUUAUCUUUUCCUCUGACAACAUGCAAUUUUAAAUACAUGAUACAAUCACGUUUUAACUGCAAUGGUAGUUUUGUUUUUAUGUCCCUAUGCUACCCGAUGUAUCAUUACCAACUUAUAAAUCAUCUGAGUUGCACAUAAGCUGAUGUAAGUGUCUGUGCACGUUAACUGACCUACAACAAGUGAAGCUUUACAUGUGCAGGUCUGAUCAGAAAAUCAACAUUGCAUAACCCUUACUUACUAAAUGCAUCUACUGCGGCACACAACUUUCAUUGUUACAAACUUAUAUUCUCAUGUUAAAAUGUGUUCUCAUACUGUGUGACAGUAUGCAACUGGCACAGCAAUGCUGUUGCAACCCUGUCACCUACAAAUUACAUAUAUAUAACCAUCAUUUGUCUGGCUAUUUUGGAGAAUUUAUAAAAGUGCUUGAAUUGUGUAUUUCUUUUUACCAAAUAUGUUUCCCAACAGUGUAAAGUCUAAUGAAGACUUUUUAAACAAGAAACUUAAGACAACAUGGAUUUGAAGCUUUGUCCUUGGAAACUGUGGGACUGUCAUUACUAGACUGUCUAUUCUUCUGUAUUACACACACACACACACACACACACACAAAGACACACAUGUUGCCCCGACAAACUAUAUGGCCUUAUAAAGCUGUGUCAGCAAACAAUUCUCCACCUUCAUAUCCAGCAGUCACAGAGGAACAGUAGCUUCUCAUUGAUAUGUGUCCUUGAUUCUGACACAGAACAAUGUUCUCUCUGUUUUGGUCUCCAGAUGUUAAGAAACAGUGUCAGCUCUUUGACUUGCCGGAUGGACGACUGCAUCAACCAGCUGCUUGUAAAUUUGUCCUUUGCUACAAGCAGUUGGGUUUUUGUUAAUGAUGCUAAACCACUGCUUACAUCACAGUGUCACUUGACUACAUUUGAUUACUAAAAACCUUGUCUAAUGCAGGUUUACAUGAUAGUUUACGAGCACAGACCGUUUGCUACCAGACCUCUCUAAUGGCGCCAGCUGUGGAGACUAUUGACUCCACUAAAACCCUGCAGGUUAUGUAGCUCAUUCAUUUACAGUUUUCAGCCACAUGGGAAGCUUUACUCUAGAAUAAUUCUGUCACUGAUAUGUUUUGGAGCAAAGCAGCAGAUGGAAACUUUAAAUGUCAAGAUUACAAACUAUGCUUUCCUGAAAAUAGGCGGAGUUAUCUUAUGUACAGCACUUACUACUGAUUUCCAUUCAGGAGUUCUGCACCUGGCUGCGUAUUGUGGCUCCUUAAAGUCUGCACUAACUUGUUGGAAGCUUUUUUUAUUGUUACACUGUUUAUAUCAACUUGCAUGCAACCGCCCUCUGAUUUAUUCAAACCUUCAAAUGCAUCAUAUGAAUCUGAUGUCCAUCAUCAUAUGCAUCAGAGUUUCUUCACAAGAGGUGGAAUAAACUGACGUGUUAAAUGUGAUGUGCACUGUUAAAUAUUUAAGUAAUAAGACACAAUAUCAUCUAUUGUGAGAUUGGCUUUCACAACUGCACCUUGAUAUUUUGAAAAAAUCUCCUCUUAAAAUGAAAUUCUUCAUAUGUGCACUGCAUUCAGCUUUUUUCUCACAUUUUUCCACAGUUAUGACAUCGAGACCGACCAGUUUGUUUUGCAUGUAACCUUAGCUUUAAAGCACCUAGUAGGCACAUAGUGGACGCUGUUGUGCUCGCUCAGGGAAAAAACUAACAACGAGUGUCUAGGAUAGAUGCUGUGGAUUAACACAUACAAUCAUUUCACUGCAACCAUCAGAUUUCACUGUAAUGGUUGAAGAUAUUUACUUGUCCUCUUGUCUGUUUUUGUCUGUACACUGACCUGUUACAUAUCGCACCACGGUUGCUCAGUUUUCUCUCUCUUAUGUAUGCUGUGCCCUUUAUAGUAAUGUUUUCGGUGUCAUGAAUGCAUCUCAACAUAUUUGACAGUCAUAGCUACUUUACGAUGUUUCCCUCUAACACCUUUGUCAGCUCCCAACCUUUCAUGUGUAGAUAUUUGUGAAAAUGCAUAUUGCCAAACACUGCUCUGAGCUAAUUGCGUAUACAGAAAAUGAAUGCAACUAACUCUACAUAUCAAACUUAUCAUGGUGAUUAUAGCCAUAUUCUUCAAGACACUAGAGACAGUUUACAUGUGAUGUAGAACUAUAAAGCACUGUAACAUUGCACAAUGCCAUUAGUCAUGCCAUCUUACUGUAUUUACCUCUUCCUUAAACUGCUUCAUGUAUAUGUGAGGUAAUAUUUGUAAAAUAGCAGUAGUGUUGAUGCCAAUAGAAGCACACAGGCCUAUUAAAUGAAAUAUGUAGCGUGCACAGGUGAUACAAGGUUUAAUGGAUCAGGGAACAGAUUGGCUGCACCGAUACGGGUAGAUGGAGCAUGAUGUCUGUGUUUUUAAAGUGGCUCAUAUAAUGAAGAGCAUUACUCUCAAAAGAGUAUCGUAUUUUUCUACAUGUACUCUUAUGCCCUGUAUUUGUACUCAGCACUGAAGAGUGUAAUUUAGUGCACAUAAUGUUACUCACUCUAACAGUAAUUCUCCUCUAAAUGUUUUUUUCAGUUCCCUAUAUGAUGUUCCUGUGUGACGGUCACCUUAGCAGUAUGAAUUGAGAGCUGUAUAUUACUGAUAUUCCUUGUUUUAUGUCAAAAAAGAAAGAGAAAUAAAUAAUUUCAACACUUACAAUACA